GGCCCAAAAUAACUGUUUUUUAAUAGCUGUUGCCCAAAUUAACCAGGGGCGCUACAGGGGCCCAAAUUAACCAGACAAACACGCAUUCAGCAGAUGCGUGUAUCCCAUUCUCCGUAUACGCAUCCAUAAGAUGCGUGAUAUACCCUACCCAAAUUAAGAUAUUCGCAUAUGGGUAAUGCGAGGGUCGACAUACGCAUAUGUCUAAUGCGUUUUCAGUUAAAGUUAUAAAUCAAAUUUGACCAAGGAAACGCAUCCAUCAAAUGCGAAUGUGUGAAUUCGCAUUUAAAUAAUGCGUGUAUCUGUCUGGCAUGCGCAUCCAGGAGAUGCGGUUUUGUGAUUACGCAUUUAAAAAAUGCGUGUAAAGACAUUACUUUACCCUUUUCUUCGUCUGUCUACUACUGCUUAUUCACAAAGAUGUGUCAACACACAUGCUCUGGUACAAUCUUUUACUCUCCUUUGUUUGCUUCAUUAUAAAUUAGAUAUAAGCAUGUAAUUUCUUCAUAUUUUUCUUCCCUUUUCGGCCACGAGUAUUUUGAACCCUAAUUUCAAUAAUGGCUUCUGGUUCUAAUUCAAAUUAUGUGAUGUGUUGGUUGUAUUAUGAUGGUAACAUUAUCAGUAAUAGUGUUAUUGGUUCUACGUACAAUAAAGAUCCUAUUCGAUUUGUGAAGUUGCUCUUCAAUUUGAAGUUUGGAGGAUUAUUGGAUCUUUUGUAUGCAAAAUUGUUUAUUGAUCCGAGUAUGUACAAGUUGAAAGUGCUGCGUAGAGUUUUAAAUACUACGACAAACAAGUUUGUUGUUGCUCCAAUUGUUGAUGAUGACGACGUUGAGUAUAUGUUCGAAUCUUUAGAUGGUUCGGGUAGUAAGGUUCAUGUGGAGCUUUAUGUGGAAAAGAUUCCAAUUGAUACGGUCCAAAAUUCGAAUGAUAUGAUUCAAUGUUCGAAAAUGGGUGAAAGUUCUAAAAAUACUUCAACUUCACACAACUCACAAAGUGUGCAAGGUGAGAAUACUUCAAGCGGUAGUUCAAGUAGGUCACUAUAUAUGUCUCGUGUAGAUAGUGAAGGGAACUCAAGAGGAAGUAGUGAGUUUAGAGAUGAUGAUAUACCUUAUUAUAGAUCAUUUGAUGGCUCGUCAAUGGUAAUUUCAUAUAAGGAGCCAAUUAUGCAAAAGGUUGGUGAUCUGCAUAAUCCAGCAGAGUUGACAAGGGGAAUGGUAUUUAAAACAAAAGAGGAGUUGUUGGAGGUGGUAAAGCGUGUUCAUAUAGCCAAUCAUCAAGAGUUCAAAGUGGUAAGGUCUGAUCCAUUGACUUGGGAUUUGGAAUGCAAAUUGGCAACAACAGGUUGUCCGUGGAAGUUGAGGGCUAGAAAGAGGGCAACACAUAGUUGUUUUGAAAUUAUGUCCACUAAGGGACCGCACACUUGUCUCAAUCAGUCUAUAUCACAAGAUCAUCACAAUUUGAAUUCUACAAAUAUUGCACAAAUCAUUACUGGCCUUAUAGCUGCAGAUCCUUCAGUUUCAGAUAAGGUGUUGGUGUCUACCAUUGUGAAGGAAUUUGGUUAUACACCAUCAAAGAAGAAGGUUAGGGAUGCAAGAAGGAUUGCUACUAAUACAGUUUAUGGGUCUUGGGAGCAGUCGUAUCAGAAACUUCCUUUGUUUUUAAAUGCCCUACAGAUUUCCAAUCCUGGCACACAUAUUGAUUGGUACUUCAAGGAGCAUGACAUGAGACAGCCUAUAUCUGAGGUGGUGAGAUUCAAGCGAGUCUUUUGGACAUUCCAGCCUUGCAUAGAUGCAUUUGCACACUGCAUACCGGUACUUCAGAUUGACGGUACACAUCUAUAUGGAAAGUAUGGUGGGGUCUUGCUUACAGCUACAGCGAUUGAUGGCUUCUACCACCUUCUUCCGGUUGCUUUUGCCAUUGUCGAGGGGGAAAAUGUAGGAAGCUGGACUUGGUUCAUGGAGAGAUUGAGAAGGGUAGUAGUCGCAGAGCGAACAAGAGUGUGUGUCAUUUCUGAUAGACACGCGGGAAUCAUUUCUGCUAUGAAUAACCCUGCAGUUGGUUGGUGUGAGCCACUUGGGCAUCAUAGAUUUUGUGUGAGACACCUAGCAGCUAACUUUGCCAAGAAGUUCAAGAAGAUCAAUUUGAAGGAUAGGGUGGUUGCAAUGUGUAGCCAAUUAACUGUGGCCAAGUCAAAUUUGCAUUGGAAUGCAUUAUUGGCAGUUGAGCCUAGAGCUGAUGAGUGGUUUAGUGAAAUCAACCCAAUACAGUCUACUUUGGCAUAUGAUGGAGGCAAGAGAUAUGGCAUCAUGACCACGAACAUGGCUGAAAGUUGGAACAAUGCCAUUAAAGCUUCGAGAAAACUCCCGAUCACUGCAUUGGUUACUUCCUUAUUUUAUAAGGUGGUCAGCUACUUUGACCAACGCAGGGUGGAGAUUGAGAAACAGAGCAUUAAUGGCAAUGAGUUCACCAAACAUGCAAACCAGAUUCUUGCCAAAUGGAUAAAGCGUGCAAGUGGACAUCAUGUGAGAUUGUUUGAUAGGAAUACUUUGGUAUUUGAGAUUACUACAAUGAAACGUGGUCAAAAAGGUGGGAACAAACAGAUUGUCCAAUUACAUGAUCACAUUUGCACUUGUAACAAGUGGCAAACAUAUCAUAUUCCAUGUUCCCAUGUACUUGCAUGUUGUGCUAAUGUUGGAUUGCAAUACACAAGCUUCAUAGAUGACUGUUACAAGCUAGAGAAUGCAAGAAAAGUUUAUGCAGGGCACUUUCAACCAAUCUUGAAUCAGAGUGACUGGCCUUCGUUGAUAGGUUUUCCAUUGGUGUUGCAUGAUGAUGAGAACGUUACAAAAAAAGCGGGGCGGAGGAAGUCAACAAGGUACAAAAAUGAAAUGGAUUAUCAAGCAUUGGGAAAAGGCAAAGGAACUUCUUGUAGCGGAGCUUCAUCAAGUAUUCCAUAGAUUAUUCUGUUUUUAUUUGUACUAGAAUAUAAGGAUUUAAAGUCUUAGUUUGUAUUUCAAGUAUUGAUGUUUUUAUGGUAGUCACUGCUGUUGGAAUUUAAAUUUGUGGCAGAUUUAUAGACAGUAAUCUAUAAAUCUAUGAAUGGUUAGAACAUGAUGAUGGUCUGCAGAACUUGGUUGAUGAGCCCUGCAAUUGGUAUUUUUAAUAGGCAAAAUUAUAAUUUUUAUA